AUGGCUGAAAAAUUGGACAUUGCGGUAGAUCCUGAUUUCUACUCUAUGGUCAAUGGUUAUGGGGAACAUGGCCUUCAUUCGGAUACCACCUCAAUCUCGUCCUCAAUUGCGAGGGGACGACUGGAAAACGGUCGAAGAUACCAGGCUAUUAAAGAAGAUGACUACUGGGGUCCUUCGGAUGAUCAACAAUUCGAGGCAUUUGAAAUUGGCCAUAUGAUGUUUCUCGUGCUAGAUCACAAUCAGCAAAAUCCGCUUUUCCGUGCCCCUAUCGGCAAUUCACCCAAGAAUAUUUUAGACAUCGGAACUGGUCAAGGAAGUUGGGCAAUUGACGUUGCUGAUCGAUAUCCGCGAGCUACCGUCCGCGGAGUGGAUAUAUUCCCUCCACCCGUGACAUGGAUGCCCCCGAAUUGCCUAUUCGAGGUAGAUGAUGUGCUUCGUGAGUGGACAUGGAGAGAGCCAUUUGAUUUUAUUCAUAUGCGCCUAAUGUAUGGCGCAUUCUCUCCCGAGGGAUGGCAGAAGCUAUACAAGCAGGCCUAUGACGCUCUAGAGCCUGGUGGGUGGAUCGAACAAAUGGAAUUAGACGUGCGAGUCUACAGUGAUGACGGUACCUUGAAGAAAGAACAUCAGCUAUCUGGAUGGGGUGACAUGUUCAUUAGAUGCUCUGAGCGAGCUGGACGGUCACUUAGAACCCAUGAAACGAUGCGCAGCGCAAUCGAGGAAGCAGGGUUUGUGGAUGUGCAUGAGGUCAAGUACAAAAUUCCAAUAGGACCUUGGGCUAGGGAUAACACAUUGAAGGAGGCUGGACAUCUUCAAUGGGCCCAUUGGAAUGCCGCUCUAGAAGGUUGGGUGAUGUGGCUACUCACUCAUUAUGGGGAGCCGGAGCCGUGGACAAAGGAGGAGGUACAGGUAUUUCUGGCUAAAGUGCGCACAGAGCUGAAAAAUCCGCAUAUUCACGCUUAUGAACCUGCGAAUCGCGUGUGGGCCAGAAAGCCUACCAUGGAGGAAUUGCAAGCAAAGGCAAAUCUCAAGAUCGAAACAUCACAGUAA